ACUACAUUCGGCUCCGCCCCUCACUCGCCAGCUCCGUAGCGACCUCAGCAAGCGCAUGCGCUCAAUGAGUUACGCUCCGUCUGGUCUGCGGGCGUCAGAAGCUAGGCGGGGCUUCGGGCACCAGCGGGACAGUUCCACCCUCCAAUCGCUCCCCGGGUUCUCGUGGACCGUUAACCUCCAGAGAGGAAUAAGCCAGGAGGGAAGGGAGGAGCUGCAGCGGCUCCUGCACAGCCCACCGCACCGGAGACCGGCAGCGGGGAGGUCACGUAACUGCUACUUUGGUGCCUCACUGAGGAGGGGGCGCCCUCCGCAAAGCCCGAGCCCUCCUGGACCUGCUGCGGCUCUGAAACAGUUACGGGGUUGUAAACAACAGCUGCGCGCGCACCGCGUAUCAGCUGGCGUCGGGAUCCCGCGCCUGCGACCUCCUUCUCUCAUUGCUGCCCCCUCCUGCAUUGCUAGGGUCUACUCGGGAGGCCGUCACCUCUUCUGCUAGGACUCCAAGGGAAAACGGGGAGGCGCUGACCUACGCCAGGGACCUGGUAGGGGAGAAAGCGUCCCUCGGCAAAGGGGUGGCCCGUCCUGUCACACGCAAGAGAAACCCAACCAGCGGACCGUGAGCUCGAUGGACUAGCAACGACCUGCCACGACCCUUAACUGCAGUUAGGUGUCUCCAUCUGCUCGCGACUCUUCCCAGAUCCCCGGGACCUUUCUGUGAGAAGAGCAGGCGGGCCACCCCCCCCCCGCAGACCUCUGGAGGCAGAAAUCCGUUCUGCCCCAGCAUCCUCCUCUGCUCUCAUCCUUCUCAUUCUCCUCUGCCCUAGUGUGGGAUAUUUUUUCCCGUUAUGCUUGCGCAUCUCUACCACCAGACCCAAGUGGAUUAUCGGCCUCAAAAACCUCGGGUAGCUCUACACACACCUCCUCCCAGCCAGACCUGUGGGGUAUUCACCUGAUAUACAACAGGUGGCCGGUGUACACUGUUUUGCAACCUCUCUGCUAUAUUUGCAUGAUAAGGGUGGGCCUGUGCACACUUUGUUCAACUAAAACCGUGGGACAUUUACCAGAUAAAGGACUAAAACCUGAGGGUCGAGGGGAGGAGACCUUCCUGCUUCUAUAAGACCAUGGCACUGAGUCCGCAGCUCUGGACAAGGAGACAUAGCUAGAUAGCUAUUCAUUCUGAAGGAACAAAGUUACAUGAGAUUAACACCGUUUUGUCUUUUUAAAAAAUUAUUUUUCAGCUAUUGGUAGUGCACUUUCUAGGACAGUCUGCUUGAAUUUGAGUAUAAAGAUUCUUAUUUGGGGCUCUUUGUGUAAUAUAAAUCAAGGAAAAGAAAAAUGCAUCCUCCAGAAACCACCACCAAGAUGGCUUCAGUUCGGUUCAUGGUGACACCAACCAAGAUCGAUGAUAUUCCAGGUUUGUCAGACACCAGCCCAGACCUCAGCUCUCGAUCCAGUUCCCGAGUAAGAUUUAGCUCCCGGGAAAGUGUGCCUGAAACGAGCCGUAGUGAGCCUAUGAGUGAAAUGUCUGGAGCCACCACUUCACUGGCAACUGUGGCAUUGGAUCCAGCCAGUGACCGGACUUCUAACCCCCAGGAUGUUACUGAGGACCCAAGUCAGAACUCCAUCACAGGGGAACACAGCCAGCUGUUAGAUGAUGGCCAUAAGAAAGCUCGAAAUGCUUAUCUCAGUAAUUCCAAUUAUGAAGAAGGAGAUGAAUAUUUUGAUAAAAACUUGGCACUCUUUGAGGAGGAAAUGGACACCAGACCAAAGGUGUCUUCUCUCCUCAACCGCAUGGCUAAUUACACUAACCUGACUCAAGGAGCAAAGGAACAUGAAGAGGCAGAGAACAUCACUGAAGGGAAAAAGAAGCCCACCAAGACUCCCCAAAUGGGUACCUUCAUGGGUGUCUACCUCCCAUGUCUACAGAAUAUUUUUGGAGUGAUCCUCUUUCUACGCCUUACAUGGGUAGUGGGCACAGCUGGAGUUCUUCAGGCCUUUGCAAUUGUCCUUAUCUGCUGCUGCUGUACAAUGUUGACUGCUAUUUCCAUGAGUGCCAUUGCGACCAAUGGAGUGGUGCCAGCUGGGGGAUCAUACUUUAUGAUUUCCCGGGCACUGGGCCCAGAGUUUGGUGGAGCUGUUGGCCUCUGCUUUUAUCUUGGUACCACAUUUGCAGCAGCCAUGUAUAUCCUUGGUGCCAUUGAAAUUUUUCUGGUAUAUAUUUUCCCCCGGGCUGCCAUCUUUCAUAGUGAGGAUGCACUCAAGGAAUCAGCAAACAUGCUCAAUAACAUGCGUGUCUACGGCACAGCCUUCUUAGUCCUCCUGGUGUUGGUGGUAUUCAUAGGCGUGCGCUACGUGAACAAGUUUGCCUCGCUUUUUCUGGCCUGUGUCAUUGUGUCCAUCUUGGCUAUCUAUGCUGGAGCCAUCAAGUCAUCUUUUGCCCCUCCACACUUCCCGGUCUGCAUGCUGGGUAACCGCACCCUUUCAUCAAGACACAUUGACAUUUGCUCAAAGACCAAGGAAACGAACAACAUGACAGUGCCGUCCAAGUUAUGGGGCUUCUUCUGUAACUCAAGUCAAUUUUUCAAUGCCACCUGUGACGAAUAUUUUGUUCAUAACAAUGUCACAUCAAUCCAGGGCAUUCCUGGAUUGGCUAGUGGUGUCAUUACAGAGAAUCUUUGGAGUAAUUAUCUACCGAAGGGAGAGAUCAUUGAAAAGCCCUCAGCCAAAUCUUCUGAUGUCUUAGGCAGCUUAAACCACGAGUAUGUCCUUGUUGACAUUACCACCUCCUUUACACUUCUGGUGGGCAUCUUCUUUCCCUCUGUCACAGGCAUCAUGGCUGGAUCAAACCGAUCUGGAGAUCUGAAAGAUGCUCAAAAGUCUAUUCCCAUUGGCACUAUCCUUGCCAUCCUGACCACCUCCUUUGUCUAUUUAAGCAACGUUGUCCUUUUUGGCGCAUGUAUUGAAGGCGUUGUUCUCAGAGACAAGUUUGGGGAUGCAGUGAAAGGGAACCUGGUGGUAGGUACCUUAUCUUGGCCGUCCCCAUGGGUGAUUGUUAUCGGCUCCUUCUUCUCAACAUGUGGGGCCGGACUGCAGAGCCUCACAGGCGCACCACGGCUGCUACAGGCUAUAGCAAAGGACAACAUCAUACCCUUUCUGAGGGUUUUUGGUCACAGUAAAGCCAAUGGGGAACCUACCUGGGCUUUACUUCUGACUGCUGCCAUUGCAGAGCUGGGAAUCCUUAUUGCCUCUCUGGAUCUUGUGGCUCCAAUUCUUUCCAUGUUUUUUCUCAUGUGUUACCUCUUUGUAAACUUGGCAUGUGCCUUGCAAACAUUGCUUCGAACGCCCAACUGGAGACCUCGGUUCCGCUACUACCACUGGGCCCUUUCUUUCAUGGGAAUGAGUAUCUGUCUGGCUUUGAUGUUCAUUUCUUCCUGGUAUUAUGCCAUCGUAGCUAUGGUAAUAGCUGGUAUGAUCUACAAGUACAUUGAGUACCAAGGAGCUGAGAAAGAAUGGGGUGAUGGUAUCCGUGGGCUGUCCCUCAGUGCAGCUCGCUUUGCUUUGCUUCGCCUGGAGGAAGGACCUCCACACACUAAAAACUGGAGGCCUCAGUUGCUCGUGUUGCUGAAACUAGAUGAAGACUUACACGUCAAGCAUCCUCGCCUCCUCACCUUUGCUUCACAGCUUAAAGCAGGAAAGGGUCUUACUAUUGUAGGCUCUGUCAUUGUGGGGAACUUCCUGGAGAACUAUGGUGAAGCUUUAGCUGCUGAACAGACCAUAAAGAACCUAAUGGAGGCAGAGAAGGUAAAAGGAUUCUGCCAGCUGGUGGUGGCUGCCAAGCUGAAAGAGGGCAUUUCCCACCUGAUCCAGUCGUGUGGCCUUGGAGGCAUGAAGCACAACACCGUGGUGAUGGGGUGGCCUAAUGGCUGGCGCCAGAGUGAAGAUGCUCGGGCUUGGAAGACUUUUAUUGGCACAGUUCGAGUGACAACUGCUGCCCACUUGGCCCUGCUAGUGGCGAAAAACAUCUCGUUCUUUCCUAGUAACGUGGAGCAGUUUUCUGAGGGCAACAUCGAUGUGUGGUGGAUUGUGCAUGACGGGGGGAUGCUCAUGCUGCUACCAUUCUUACUCAAACAGCACAAGGUGUGGCGAAAAUGCAGCAUACGGAUCUUCACAGUAGCCCAACUAGAGGACAACAGUAUUCAGAUGAAAAAGGACCUGGCCACCUUCCUGUAUCACCUGCGCAUUGAGGCAGAGGUAGAAGUGGUGGAGAUGCAUGACAGUGACAUAUCAGCUUAUACUUAUGAACGCACUCUGAUGAUGGAGCAAAGGUCCCAGAUGCUCCGGCACAUGCGACUCUCCAAGACAGAGCGGGACAGAGAGGCACAGUUGGUAAAAGACCGGAAUUCAAUGCUACGAUUGACCAGCAUCGGCUCUGACGAGGAUGAAGAGACAGAAACUUAUCAGGAGAAGGUGCACAUGACCUGGACAAAAGACAAGUACAUGGCAUCCCGGGGGCAAAAGGCCAAGUCAAUGGAAGGAUUCCAGGACCUGCUUAACAUGCGCCCCGACCAGUCCAAUGUGAGGCGGAUGCACACAGCAGUGAAGCUCAAUGAGGUUAUAGUUAACAAGUCCCAUGAAGCAAAGCUGGUUUUGUUGAAUAUGCCAGGGCCACCCCGAAACCCUGAGGGUGAUGAAAACUACAUGGAGUUCCUGGAAGUGCUCACUGAGGGACUAGAGCGAGUCCUUCUUGUCAGAGGUGGUGGCAGUGAAGUGAUCACCAUUUAUUCAUAAUCUACUCCUGAAUGACUCUGCUUGGCUUCAUCUCUCUUAAAAGGCUUCCGUCCUCCAUGGAAGUGCCAGCUCUUUACUACCAUGCCCACCAACUAGAGGCCUGUGUUCUGUACACCUCACCUGAGUGAACUUGAUGAGCUGAACAUCAAGAUCUUGUGCAGAGAAGUAAAAAUAGUUCUGCUCUUUGCUCCCAUAUGAUCUGCUGUCCUUACAAAAGAAUCUAAUAUUCCCUCAACAUUAGAAAAAUGGUCAAAUCCUAAAGCCAUGUUUGUACUAGCUGAAGGCAAGUUAGAAUUAACAAGCUAAAUCAAUAAAACGAAUUGGCAGAAAGAGUACUAGAAAUUCAACUGAAGACAAAAAUCAAGUAAUAAUUAGAGUAAUAAUCCAACAUGAAAGGUAAGUCCUGGAAGUCAUGGUUUCUUGAUAACACCAUGAGAACAGAGAAAUACUAAGGGAUUCAUGGUCAAGUAUAUGGAGACCUAACAUCCUGGUGAAGGUAACCUGUAGCAAGCCAAGAUGAAAACUUUUUUGUGCUAAUUGUCUUGAGUGUAUCCACUGUUUCCAGGACUCUGGUUUUAUGUUCGAGUACUGAUGUACAAAACUGAAACAUGGCUACAACUUCUACUUCCUCCAAAACAAGAUUUUUCCCCAAAUACCAGGUUUAAGUACACAUACUGGGUUGUUGUGUGUUUCAGCUGUUGUUUUCUCAAAGCCCACUCUGUGAUUAAGAUUUUAAAACAGGUAGUGUUACCGUGGAAAUUGUUUUUAAGCAGUGAAAAUUUCUUUCAAAUGGCCAAACUAAGGAAAUUCUAAAGAUAGCUAUUAAGAUUUACAGAAAUAUAAUCUGGUUACCUAUGUGACAUGGACAAAACAUCUAAGAAAUACAGAUGAUGAUGCACAUUGACCAAUAGGUUCAACUUUGCUUCUCCCUUUUAUGCCCUCUGGGUUAGUAGGCACAGGUCAAAAAUCAUACGAACACUAAGAAGACUGGCUAAAAUUUUCCCCCAAACAGUGUCUAUCUUUUAAAGGGGAAAUCCAGCCAUGGAAUUAGACGUUCCUGAGCCAUACUCCUUCCAUAGUGCCAAAGUUACUGAGAUGCUGCUACUCUGCUUACCUGCUUCAUUAAAGUGGCAUACAGUUGGCGUUGGCCUAUUUCAAGAAACUUUUUUCACUAAGAAUCCUGUGGACUCAUUUCUAAAGCCAUAGUGAAGACUUGAGGCACUCACCUAAAUGCCCAGAGAUGCAUAUUCCCCUUUCAGUUUUAUUCUUUAUUCUGAGUGCAGAAACUUGGCUCUAAACCAAGAGAUUGUCCAAGCCAAUCGUCUUCUCCUAUUCAAGUUUUGUUUUAGAAGCUUUAAGUGUGUCACAGAAAUACAUAUGCAAGCUUAGCUUUUUAUUUGCUAAUUUACUGAUCACAAAACACCUAUCUGGCUUUCAAGCAUAGGGAAAUUACUCCGUGUGACUAAGUGGUAAUUUCAAAUAUAUGAGGUCAUUUCUUUUACAGGAUAGGUUAUUUAGAGAAACUAUUUGCCUAUAUUUGUGGCUGCUUUUGAAUUUCACUUUAUUGAUCAAUAGUGCCACUUUUUGAUUACCCAAUAGGAUAUGGAAGAAGCUGACCUAGGUGCCAGCAGACUGUCCAUUUGACCCUUACAGAUAGAGAAAACCCGUCAACAUGGCUUAAGAAAUUGAGUCAUUUCCAUUUGUUCCUUUUGCUUUUCUUUCAACCUCUAGGCCCAAUCAGGAUAGCAAAGCAGACAGAAUCUUGUCUUUUAUUCUGCUCCUUCCUGCAGAGGGUGGAAGCAUUGUUUACAACUUCCAUUGCAACACUCCACUGCCUAGUUGAAGACGGGUUCCCCAGGACCCAAAAUAUUGAAGAUCCAUGUUCUAAAGGUCAGCCUGCCCAGGAAUUCCUCUACAUUUACACAGACUCUCUGGCCUAAGCAGCAAAAAUAAAUGUAUACACACGCACAUAUAUAUAUUGCAUAUAGAAAAAGUAUGGGCAGAAGUUGGUUAGUUUUAAGUUUUUUGUGGUUGAAGUUCUGUAAGAAUCUUUUAGAGAUAAGGGAAUUAGUGGCUACUAAUAUAGCCACUACUACUUCAGCCCCUAAAACACAAAAUCACUGUUACGUGGGAAAAUGGUUAUUAGGCCAGAUUUAAACUCAUCUCUGUCUAGAGCAUUUCAUGUCUUUGUGUUGCUUAUGUUGUUUGUCUGCAAAGUGUCUUGUCUCUUUUAAUCACUGCAAAUAAAGCAAUACCGAAAAGAUGCACCUUAGGGGAAGGGGUUUUGUGUUUCAAGAAGGAAGAGGAAAAAAAAACUUCCUCUGCCUUCUGAUUAAGAUCCAGCUUUUAAGUCUUAGCUAUGACUUUACCAGGGCAGGUUAUAAUAACAUACAUUUUCCAAUUGCUGGCCCUCUGCCUUCUAUAGCUAUCUUAAAAGCUGAAGUUUGUACUGUAGCAUCUGCUUGACAGGUACCAGGUCCCUCUUGGCAGGGGAAAGAUGACCUCUUUGUAUUUUCCAUUGCCUCAGAUUCCUGUGGCCCCAAUGAUUCCUCCAAUCCUCAUUCCCCCUAAACGUGUUAAAAAAUCCAUUAUUGUGGAUAUUAAAGUAGCAAUUACACUGUAAGCCUAUUUAUCUGCUCUUGUUGUCUGGUUUAUUUUUCACUUCAUCAUGUAUAAUCAGAAUCCAGCAUUAGUUUCUCACAUCUUAUACAAGUGUCUCCAACAGAAUUUUUAUGUCCUAGCUUGUGUUAAAUAGAAGUGAAAUAUUAAGGAAAAUAGAUUUAAGGGAAACAUGUAUAAUUUUUUUUAAAGCACUGUUCUUGACCAUUUAAUUUAUUGAAAGGAGAUGCUGCUGUGGUCUUGACUUAGCAGCAACCAUUCUUUUGUUUACAUAGUUAUGGUAUUAUUCGUUGUUUUGCUCUAUACUGGAAACAUAAAUAAAGUUUUCUACAUUAUUUUCAGUCAA